UGUGGUUGCGCAGCAUGCCCUUGACUUCCUCCGAGAGGUGAUAGCCGAAAAGUAAACGCAGGCCGCUGGGAGGUCACUUGAAUAUCUGAAUUGAAGGGGGACUUCACACCAUGGGGUUCAUUCCAGACCAGGGGAAGGGUCUCCCUCCUCCGACGAUCGCCAACAGGAACUCGGUGUGGCUCGCUGGCGUAGGCUGGUGCUCCGCGGUGCUUCAUAAUGCCAUUAACCACAGGCCACCGCUAAAAUCAGGUGUUCACCGACAGGUCUUAUUGGCAACCAUUGGUUGGUUCGUCGGCUACUACGUUACAAAAUAUGAAAAUUACACUUUCGCCAGACUUGACCGAGAUAUGAACGAGUAUAUCAGACUCCACCCACAAGAAUUUGCGGCAAAGGAAAAAAAGACCUUUGCAGAGAUCGUCGAGCCUUUCCAUCCUGUGCGCUAAGUGUCGGAGGUUUGUGAGAUGGAAGAGGGAGAGAGGAAACACUUGUAGACUAUCCUCUGUCUUGAGUGGUCUUUUUGUGAAAUCUGUCCGUCAUUUAUUGUGUGACGCGUAGUUAUGUAAAUAAAACAAAUACCUGAAUUCAACAAUAA